AUGAAGGAUCUGUCGUACGAUGGCAUUUGUAAGGACGGGAACAAGCAAAAUGUACCUAUUGCCGUGGCCUACAUUCACAAAGAGACCAUCGACAACUUUGCCUGGUUUUUCGGAAACUGUAUUGUCGCUGGUAUAAAGAUGAACAUUCUGCUUGCGUUUGCGACAGAGGAAAACAGCUAG